AUGUCGGCCACGGGGGAUGGAGACCCGGGCCCGGGAGGCCCAGAGGGCCCCGCAGGCGCAGCUGGGGCCCAGACCGAGGCGGCCAGAGCCGGCGACCAGGUGGACCGCGACUCGGAGCUUCGCAGGGGCGACGCGGCGCCGGGUGCUUGGGGAGGCGCUGGGGAGGCGGCCCUGGAAGGCGGGGGCGCUGAGGAGGACUCGGACAUCAGGCCGGCAGAGGAGGAGGAGGAGGAGGAAGAGGAGGAGGAAGAGGAGGAGGCGGCGGCGGCGGCAGGGGGCCAGAACCUCGUGUUAGAAGUGCACCAGUUCCCCGCGGCGAGCUUCCACUUCGUGCUCCUGGAGCUGGCGUACUUACUGCUGCCCCGCGUCCCCUACAACAACCACGUGUUCGUCCCGCCCCCGCCGAGCGAGCGCGAAGCCUUGGCCAGGCUCCCCGAACCCCAGGCGCCCGAUGGGCGGGGCCUGCAGCCCAGGAACCCGAGGAGCUCAGCACCCCUGAGGGAUGAAAACGCCAAUGAAGAGGCCCGAGGUGCUGAAAGUGAGGGGGAAAGAGAAGUUUAACAAAAAGAACCUGAACCCAGCAGGACAGACCCAGAAAGUCCAGUUGGGAGGAAUGGAAAGAAGAUGAAGAAAGAAUAA